AUGAGCUUGGAUGCAGUCGAAAAGGCGUUGCUUACUGGAAAAUGGGAUGAACAAAUCCAGGAUCCCUCACUCGCAUCGGUGCUGGAUGUUACAAAGAGCGUCAAAGAGUUGCUGCGAUUGACGUUGGCCGUAGCCUGUCUGCACGCUUUCGUCCAAGAGAACUGGACGGGACCCGACUUGGACGUGAAACCUCUGGAGGUCAUCUCGAUCUCGACCGAAUCAUCUCAAAAUAUAUCUGAAGAGCUGCUUCAUCGCAACUCGAUUUCGGAAUUGGCAUAUGGCGGAGAACCCGCAUACCAUCUCGCAAAGGUUCCGAUUUUCCUACGACUAUCGAAGCUACUCCUAGAUCUGCCUUACAAACACUGCAAAUCCGCUCCGUGGUGGAGACUCCGGGUAUGGCUAGUACACGAGCAAGUGCUCGACGAACCUGUAGCGGUCCCCGAAUAUACACUGACUGACGUUGAGCCCCUCCUAAAGACAUUCGCCUCCCACCCGGAUCUUGCUGGCCGCCUCAUCCUCGAACAGGGAAUACUUGAGCACCAGCUCGGUCAUGACAAAGCAGCUGCAGAGUUUUUCGUCCGCGCGGCCCGCACAACGCACCUUGAGUACGAGCUAACAGGCGCACCCGGAAAACGCACAAAGUUCCAGCAGAAUGAUGUCACGCAGCUCGUCCUCCUCGCUGAGUCUCGGAAAAGGGAAGGCGAUGCCGAGCCGAACGAUACGGCUAACCAAAACAAAUCGCCGUCCUCCGAUGUCUCACAAGCCUCCAGAGACAUCUCAAGCGCGGCGAUGCCAGAGACGCUAGCUCUGAAUGACGAUACGCUGCUCGAGCAAACCGAAUUUACCUCAUCCUCUGCCGGAACUCCCGGUUUGCGCCUCAGCCACCUCUAUCCUGCAUCACAGCCACCCCUGCAUCCCCUGGACCAAUGUAUAUUGCUAGCGCUAUGCCUGAACGUCCGGAAUACCUCACCGGUACACGGUCUAACCGCGGAGCAGAUGUCGCCAUACAUAGCGCGUGUCAUCUCUCAUCCGCGCAACUGGUCCGUCCAUACCAUGGCCCUCCUCCUCCGAUCACGCUUAGAAGCCAACCGCACACGCACCGUCGAGCGAGCGACCCUGCAGCUGCAAGCGCUGGUCGAUCAGAUGCCCACGGCGGACUCCACCGUGUCGGAGCGGCUGCUCCACUUCCAUUCCAUCCCCCUUCCCAGCAAGUGGGAAAUGGAGAAGGAGCUCGCGCUCCGCUUCCUAUCCAUCGGGGUGAUCAAGUCCGCACUAGAGAUUUUCGAGCGGCUGGAGAUGUGGGAGGAAGUCGUGAAAUGCUGGCAGGCGAUGGAGCGACGCGAUAAGGGCAUCGCCAUCGUGCGCGAUCUUCUGGAGGGUAGAAAGGCGGAGGCGGAGACGGUCAUCUCUCGGGAGAAGGCUGUCAGCGAGACUCGAAGACGAAACUUGGAUGCCAUGCAGGAGGCCAAACUCUGGUGUUUGUUGGGAGAUCUCGAGCCGGAGAAUGCGCUGCAGCACUAUACUCGCGCAUGGGAGAUAUCGAGAGAGUCAUCGGGAAGGGCUAUGCGAUCACUGGGUGGUUACUACUUCGCUGGAGGCGACUACCCGAACACGAUUACUUGUCUCCGCCGCGCAGUCAGCAUCAACCCGCUUCUGGCCCGAUCUUGGUUCAUACUCGGCUGCGCCUAUGUCCGCGUAGAAGAUUGGGAAGGGGCUCGCGAAUCGUUCGCCCGUUGUGUGAGCAUAGACGACGAAGAUGCCGAAAGCUGGAGCAACCUCGCAAGCGUCUAUCUGCGGAUGGGCGAGGCCGGGAAAAAGAUCGAAGCCGGAGGUGUAGAGGACGAGGAGGUGAACGAGACGAACAAGUCCAUACCAUUUACAAACAAGAUGCUGGCGUUCCGCGCUUUGAAGCAGGGUUUGAAAUACAGCUACGACAACUGGAGGAUGUGGUCCAACUACAUGAUUGUGGCGAUGGACGUAGGAGAGCUGUCCGAAGCGUGUCAUGCUCUAAGCCGGGUGGUGGAGGAGCGCAGUGCGAAGGACGGUGCGAAGUGCGUCGACGAAGAUGUACUCGAGCGUUUGGUGGAUGCUGUCACGAGGGCACCUGUAGACACUGAAGACGCUGUACAGGGUCACGGAUCUAGCACGAGCAACAUCAGGAAUGCCAACGAAGGGCAUAGACUGUUACGAAGCGUCACCGGUCUCUUCGAACGCACGAUCCUGCCACGAGUCUCAUCGCCCCGCAUCUUCCGCGCCCGCGCCCGCUUGUUGACUUGGCAGGGCCGCUGGGAGGAGGCGCUCAAGGCUUAUCUGGACGGUUAUAGAUGUGGAGUCGCAGGGACGAUGGAGAAGGGGGAGACGGACCUGGAGAGGUGGCGAGAGGCCGUGGCCGAAGUGGAAGAUAUCGUUGAUGUCCUCAGGAACCUCGGGCCGCGGACGGAGGGAUACAACUGGAAGCUGCAGGCGAGAAGCAUCGUACGGACCUUCGUGGGGAGGACCCGAGACUUCGAAGACGAGCCGGAAUGGUCUCGACUGGCUGCAUUGCAGGAGGAACUUCGUAAGGAGGAGUAG